GCUUCCAGGAUUUAGGGGCAGGUGAACCUCUUCUGCUUGAAGACUCCAGAGGCAGCCCAGGCUCCAAUGGGGAGAGUGAGCUGGAGAGAAUGCAGGGUAUGUGACUGCCUCUUCCCUUGCUUCUUCACUUCAUAAACAGGAAGUUCAGGUGGGGGAGGGUGGAGCCCUGAGCUAGGGCCCUGAAACCCUCUGGUCCUUGGGGCUACUGAGGACUGGGUUUCAGCUUGGAACCAAUUUGUGCUUCUAAGAGGCACCAUUCCUGGGCCCACUCCAGACUGAUGAAAUGGAAAUAUGCAUCCAGGUUCUGGGGCAAUAGUGUGGGUGACAAGGGUGCCCAGGCCCUGGCUGAAGCCUUGGCUGAUCACCGGAGCUUGAGGUGGCUUAGCCUGGUGGGGAACAACAUUGGCAGUAUGGGUGCCCAAGCCUUAGCAGUGAUGUUGGAGAAGAACGUGUCACUAAAAGAGCUCUGCCUGGAGGAGAACCAGCUUCAGGAUGAAGGUGUGUGUGCUCUUGCAGAAGGACUGAAGAGAAAUUCAAGUUUGAGAGUCCUGAAGCUGUCCAACAACGGCGUCACCCACCUGGGUGCAGAAGCCCUUCUUCAGGUCCUUGAGAGCAACAGCACCAUUCUGGAGAUCUGGCUCCGAGGGAACACUUUCUCUCCAGCGGAAACUGAGUUUCUCAGCCACAGGGACACCAGACUCUUGCUUUGAUGUCUCUGGCUGAUGUGCAUCUCUGUUUGUGAGUGAGCCAUAGGUUUGGACUCUAGAAGCCAGACGAUGUCUUGGAGCAGCCUUAUCCUGCCCAGAGGUGAAUUCGUUUUCUGGGAAUCCUGCAGGUCACCUUACUGUGGCAGAGGACGGUGCCCCAGUGCCCUCCAGAAUCAACUUUUCUCAAGCCUGCUUCUGCCAUCAGGUUCUUCCAGACUCCAUGGAUGGGAUACACUAGAGGGGCAGCCCUCUGCCAGCAUGGGCUGGCCUCAGCCAAUCCCUUAGCAUUCUGACAGCAGUGAGUGGGGCCCAUGGAUGUCAACGGAGUGCUUGUUGGUGUAGAGACCUGGACCCACAUGAAAGAUGCCCCUGCUCUUGUCAUGAGAAGGCGUAUUUGGGAAGCAGCUCUCAGCCACAUCUCCACUCAGAGGUCAUCUACCAUGGCCAUUCCCUCUCUGGUUCCUCCACUCAUCCUUUGUGAGAUAUGAGAGCAACCCAGCCUUGGAACCCAGGGUCACAACUUACCCUGCUUUCCUUUCUCAUGCUUAAGACAUUUUUGGAAGGAGACACAUGGCAGCCUUUUGUCCCCAGGACAUUCUAGAUUUGCAAGAAAAAUAUGACUGUGCUCCAGCUGAAGUAACACAUGGACUUUUAUUUCCAGUGAAAUCAGUUACUCUUCAGUGAAGCCUUUGGAGGUAGCAGCUUGUCCAAAUGCAGCUUUUAAAAAUUAAUCUGGGCCAGAAUUUCAAAAGGCUCCUUUAGGCUUCCAGUUGACACCUAUGAACUGAACUUUGACAAUGGACUUCUGAAAUGUGUCAUAAGAGACAGUUCUGCUUUAUUUUUGACAGAAUGCUUUAGGAUUGGGAAUUGGAAGUUUACGGGAGGCAAAACCAGGCCCUUCCUUCUAAGCAAAUGUCUUUCUGGACUUUCCAAAAUGAUGUAGGUCAAACCCUUUAUGAACUGUCAGAUGCUGUGCACAUGUUAUUAUUUUAAACAUUGUUAUCUUUGAAAACUGGUUAAUAUUUUUGUAAACUACAUUGUUUUAUUAUUUUGAGUUGAUACGUUUAUAGGAAACUGGCCUUGAACUUUAUGCUGUAAAUAAUCACAGAGGAGAAUUGUACAGUUACAGCUGUCUUCAUUGCGAUCAAACAUUUUUAAAUGU